AUGAUUAAAUUUCCUUACGACGAAUUUGAAAAUCAACUGAAAAGUUCAAGUUAUCAAAAUCUUGAAACCAUUCAUGUAGAUUGUAUUCAAAGCAGCACAAUGACUCGCGUGAUUCAAACCAACGGAGGGCACCUCAGGAAAAUUUUAGUCAAUGAAUAUGACGUCCUUUGUGACACCUACUUUAAAGAUUCUCUUAACCUUAUCUGUACGAUUUAUGAAACUUGUCCUUUGAUCGAAUAUUUGUCAAUCUCAUUUUCAAAAACAACGGUUCAUUUCGCCGAAUUUGAAAAUUUAUUAAAAGCAUGUCAAAAGUUGAAGGGGUUAUUAAUAGUGAUUAAUGAAGUUAUGAGAGAUGAACUCAAAUCGGUUGAGGAGGAAAAUUUUGAAUCUGGAGAAAGAUUAGCAAGAGUGUUAAUAAAGUCGGCACCAGUUAAUUUAACAGAAAUUAGAAUUGGGGAAAGUUUUCCAUAUUUUGGGUUUAAAUUUUCAUUGGAAGCUUUAGAUGCUUUUUUCGAUAAUUGGAGAGGUCGAAAAGCUUUGUCAAUGUUUACAUGUGAUCCCGUUUAUAACAGUGCUGAUUAUAAAGAAAUUAUAAACAAGUACUUAGGUGAAGGAGUGGUUAAAAAAUUUAUAUGUGGUGGCUUGAAGGAUGCUACCUUUCGUUACGAUAAGGUUUAA